AUGGCCGGUUUUGAUAGCUCUGUUUUAAUCUUGAUGGGGGUAGAUUGCCUGGUUUGUGUAGAGAAGGAUGCUGCUUAUUGUUUGUAUUGUUAUCUUUUCAGAACAAGUUCUGGAAAUGCACAUAAUCAAGCUCGCAUUAAUUGUGAAGUGUUAAUAAAUCAAGAGCAACACAUUCAAUCAGUUUUCCACAAACAGUCAGAACAAGCAAGAAAUGCAUAUGUUACACGCCUUAAUGCAUCCAUUGAUUUGCAAUUGCAAUUUUUGGCUGCUCAUAAUGAAGUUAUCAAUGCCGUCACAUUGAGAAAUGCUCCUCACAAUUGCAAAUUGACAUCACCUGAUGUUCAAAAGUAUAUAGUAAAUGCUUGUGCUAUUGAAACGAUCAAUGUUAUUAUCAAAAAUGUUGGCGACUCACUAUUUUCUAUUCUAGUUGAUGAAUCUUGUGACGUGUUAAUGAAGGAGCAGAUGUCUAUUGUUUUACGUUAUGUAGACAAUAGUGGGCAUGUCAAUGAACGCUUCAAAGGGAUUGAACAUGUUACAAGUACCACGGCUCUAUCACUUAAGGCUGCAAUUGAUAAGGUAUUUUGUAGAUAUAACUUGAGUAUGUCUAGAUUGAGAGGACAAAGUUAUGAUGGAGCAAGUAAUAUGCAAGGUAAGUUUAAUGGUCUGAAAACACUCAUUUUGAAGGAGAGUCCGUGUGCCUUUUACAUUCACUGUUUUGCUCAUCAACUCCAACUUGCGCUUGUGGCUGUGGCAAAGAAGAACAUCCCUAUUACUAACUUCUUUCGUGUGGUUGGGAAUGUGAUAAAUACUGUUGGAGUAUCUUCCAAACGUUGUGAUCUUCUUCGAGAAAAACAAUUAGACUUUAUUGUUGAGGCAUUGGAAAAAGGUGAGGUUUUAAGUGGAUGGGGACUUAAUCAAGAAACGACCCUUCAACGCUCUAGUGAUACACGAUGGAGUUCACAUUAUAAUUCUUUGGUCAGCUUGCUUGCCAUGUUCCCUUCUAUUUUAGAUGUACUUGCAAUGAUUUUUGAAGAUGAAUCUUGUUCUUGUGAUCAAAGAUCUGAUGCGACAAAUUUAUUGGAGUUGAUACAAAGAUUUGAUUUUGCAUUUAAUCUACAAUUGAUGAGAAGUGUGUUGGGGAUGUCAAAUGAACUGUCAAAGGCAUUGCAAAGAAAAGAUCAAGAUAUUGUGAAUGCAAUGCAAUUGGUGAGAUUGUGCAAACGACGACUCCAAAUAAUGAGAGACGAAGGGUGGGACUCAUUUUUGGAAGAAGUGUGUUCUUUUUGUCAACAAUAUUACAUUCAUGUAUCCAACAUGGAUGAUAUGUUUGUACGCCUUGCAAUUCGUGGUCGCCCUCAGUGUAAUUCUUUAGAAAUUACAAAUUUACAUCAUUAUCGAGUAGAUUUGUUCUACUCUGUCAUCGAUUUACAACUUCAAGGAUUGAAUGAUCGUUUCUCGGAGGUAAAUACAGAGUUACUCCUUUGUGUAGCUUGUUUAUGCCCACAAGAUUCAUUUUCUUCUUUUGACAAGAAAAGCUUGAUUAGACUUGCUGAGCUUUAUUCAUUAGAUUUCUCUGCAGUAGAUGACAUUGUACUUAGCGAUCAACUUGAGACUUAUAUUUUUGACAUGCGCUCUAACAAAGAGUUUGAAGGGUUGAAUGGCCUUGGUGAUCUUGCGGAGAAGUUGGUUUUGACAAAGAAAGAUAAAGUAUAUUCAUUGGUUUACAGACUUUUGACUUUAGCAUUGAUUUUACCGGUUGCUACCGUAACUGUGGAGAGAGUUUUUUCUGCAAUGAGCAUCGUAAAGAAUAGAUUGCGCAAUCAGAUGGGUGAUCAGUGGAUGAAUGAUAGCACUAUUAUUUAUGUAGAGAGAGAUAUAUUUUUGAAGCUCGAUAAAUUGAAUGUUGUGUUUAGCAUAGGUGGUGGGUUUUGUCGAAUGAAAAAAAGAAGGUCGAAAAAAGAAGAAGAUCUAUUGGGAGAAGUGAAUAUGGAAUAUGCUCAUUUAUGGUUUGAAGGCUUUUGCUUCCGUUUCAAGGCUUCGGCCAUUCACAUAAUACUUCCACUUCAUGACUUCGGCUCCAUUUUCAUGGUGCUUUCGCAUCAUGGCCUCGACUACUUUUCACAGUGCUUCGGCAUAAGAGCCUCGGCCACUUUCACAGGGCUUCGGUAUAUGGGUCUCGGCAACUUUCACAGGGCUUCGGUAUAUGGGUCUCAGCCACUUUCACAGGGCUUCGGUAUAUGGGUCUCGGCAACUUUCAAAGGGCUUGGGCAUAAGGGCCUCGGCCACUUUCACAGGGCUUUGGUAUAUGGGCCUCAGCAACUUUCAAAAAGCUUCGGCAUAAGGGCCUCAGCCACCUUCACAGGGCUUCGGUAG